GUCUCGACCGUAGAAAGGAACGUAAUGUCAAAGUGCUAAAAACAUAACCUCAAACAUUAAUAACGCUAUUUAAAAAAUAAAUAAUGUGUUUAUAAAUAAAGAAUCAAUAAUAAACUAGUAAUUUAACAAAAAUGUCUCAAACGCAACUCUUAAACUGCCUCUCCAGGCUCCACAUAUCGCGAAACGAGUCCAAAUAUUUACAUAACCAUGUUCAGAUUUUGGUUAGAAAUUAUUCUUCAAAAAGUCCAAAACAGAAGACUGCUUCGUCUGUGUAUCGUACUAUGAAUAUAUUUGAUAGGAAAGCGAAGGCUUUGCAGAGGGAAAGGACAGCUAGGGCAGAAGAUUAUCACUUGUCAGAGUAUAUUAAAGAAGAGGUUGGUUGGCGGACUGCCGACCGAGUUUUGGAUAUAAAACGGGUGUUUAAAAACGCUGUUGAGCUUGGAGCAAGCCGAGGCUAUGUAUCCCGUCACUUCUUACCCGACAGCGUAGAGAAGGUCACAUUAUGUGAUACCUCACAAACACACCUAGACAAAGCCAUUGUAGGGGACGGCGUCAAGUUUGAGAAAAUUAUCAUGGAUGAAGAGAAUAUUGAUUUUCCAGACAACAGUGUGGAUCUUCUGGUUUCCUCUUUAGCCCUGCACUGGGUGAACGACCUGCCUGGUGUCUUUGAUAAGAUCAUGAAGUGUUUGAAACCUGAUGGGGCGUUCCUAGCCUGCGUAUUCGGCGGGGACACACUAAUGGAGCUGCGCCAAGCACUUCAGUUGGCAGAGAGCGAGCGCUGCGGAGGAAUAUCUAAUCAUAUCUCCCCCUUCACCAGGGUCAGGGAUAUCGGGGGGUUGUUGACUGCAAGCGGCUUCACCCUCCAAACAGUGGACGUGGACUCCAUCGUAGUGUGGUACCCCAGCAUGUGGGAGGUCAUGCGGGAUGUCCGUGCACUGGGCGAGGGUAACGCGGCACACUCGCGCCCUCUGCGCCUCAACAAGCACGUGCAGUUCGCUGCCAGUAGCAUCUACACUGAGAUGUAUGCCAAGGAAAUGCCAGACCGCAAGAUCAUGGGUGUUCCAGCUACUUACCAGAUAAUCAACUUCCUAGGUUGGAAACCAGACCCUAGCCAGCCACAGCCGAAGGAGCGAGGCACUGGUCAGGUGUCUUUGAAAGACUUGCAUAAAAUAGAUGAUAUUGUCAGAGACCCUAAAGUCGUUAAACUUAGCGAGGAUGAUAUGAAAUAAUUGGUUGAUAGUUAAAUUUAUAUCCUACUAAUAUAAUAAAUGCGAAAGUCGGUUUGUUUGCUACGCUUUCACGCAAAAACUACAUAACCGAUCAUCAUGAAACUUUGUACACAUAUUCUUGGUGGUACGUUUUUUUUUUAACGACGUUAAAAAUCAUCAAAUGACCCCUCCCGCUGUGGGUUAGCAGCGGCGAGGGAGUGUCAGACUCUUACUGACUAAAAACCGUCGUGUUCCGUCGUGGGCCUUUUAUGUGCCAGGGCCGCGGUAUCUCUUUCGAACAACCCGCAGCCCCGGCAGAUUCUUGGUGGUACUAAAAUGAAUAUAGGAUACUUUUUAUCAACACACCAUGCGGGCGAAGCCACGGGCGGAAGCUAGUACAGUAGUACUGUAAUAUUGUAAAGAGGAAAAAAAAAUAUUUUUCUUGUUUGUAAUGGAUAAACUCAAUAAAUACUGACUGAUUUAAAAAAUCUUUCACUGUUGGAAAGCUACUCUCUUCCCGAGUAACAUAGGCUAUAUUUUAUCACGGUACGGGCAGUAGUUCCUACGAUUCGUUUCUACCCACGUCCUGUGUACAUAGUAAAGAAUGUGUAGUUUGAGUUUGAAUAUAUAAUAAAAGAAAAGAUUAUAUAAUAAAAGAAUGUGUAUUCUAGUUAGCUGAGAUUAGCGCGUUCAAACAAACUCUUCAGCUUUAUAAUAUUAGUAUCUAAACAUAGAUAAAAGAAAAGAACAACAAAACUGUAAAUAUUGUUAAGUACUUUGUAAAGAAAAUAUGGUUUACUUAUGUUGAUAAUAAAUGUUUAAAAUUAAUACAA